UCCUCUUCCGGUCUGGAGGCUCCGGAAACCGAAAGUGCUGUGCUUCCGGCGCAGCGCGGAGAUUGAUUCACCUUCACCUGUGUGGAACCCCAGUUGACCCCAGUAGGACGCCGGGCGGCCGGUAAAACAUGAACGGAAGAGUGGAUUAUUUGGUCACUGAGGAAGAGAUCAAUCUUACCAGAGGACCCUCAGGGCUGGGCUUCAACAUCGUCGGUGGGACAGAUCAGCAGUAUGUCUCCAAUGACAGUGGCAUCUACGUCAGCCGCAUCAAAGAGAAUGGGGCUGCGGCCCUGGAUGGGCGGCUCCAGGAAGGUGAUAAGAUCCUCUCGGUAAAUGGCCAAGACCUAAGGAAUUUAUUGCACCACGAUGCUGUAAACCUCUUCCGCAAUGCAGGCUAUGCUGUAUCCCUGAGAGUGCAACACAGGUUACAGGUACAGAAUGGACCUACAGGACAUCGAGGUGAAGGGGACCCAAGUGGUAUUCCCAUAUUUAUGGUGCUAGUGCCAGUGUUUGCCCUCACCAUGGUAGCAGCCUGGGCCUUCAUGCGGUACCGGCAAAAACUUUGAAAAACUUGCUUUCUGUCAGUGCUCCCAAUGAAGAUACAUUUCUCCUGCCCUCCGCCCCUGCCAUUCUCCCAUAUGUUUUCCUCUCUGCAUAGCCACUACGUGAUUUAAAGUGACUGAUACCCACCCUGACCCUUGCUGUUCAAAAUCUCUAAAUCUUCAUAUUCUCAUGGAAAAGUAACGGUAUUGUGUGAAGGAAA